AUGUCCCAGUUCAAAUUUAAGGUAUUUUACAAGAAGGGUAAGCACAACGUCGUAGCUGAUGCCUUGUCCCGGAUUACUACAUCCGACGACAAAGUGGCAGAGCCAGAUCUUGGAGCACUCCAGCAUGAACUGCAAGGUACACCUGCCCUGGUGACGGACAAGGUAUUGACUGAAGGUAGGGAGGCCGAUGCGAUGGAGAAGGACAAUUUUGCCCCUGCUUGUGUUCUCACCCUCUGUGAGCAAUGGUCAACAGCUGAUUUGGUACGUGAGCAAGAGUUGGAUCCUGUUCUUCGGGUAGUGAGAGACAGGGUCCGGACAGGAGAGCCUUUAGCGAAGGAUGAGCUCAAGGAUCUAGAAUUAAUGAAGAGGCGACUUCGAGGUUUGUUCCAGUGGUCCCCGAAGGUCUUCGACGCCAAGCAUUAG